AAUAUCUUUUCACCAUAGCUCUCUUUCUCUAUCUCCCCCUCUCUCUCUUUUCUCUCUUUGUACCCUCAAAGAUGAAUCCGCACUCACUAUCAUCAUCAUGCAAGAACGCCACCACUUCAUCGGUGAGUGGCUUCUACAACUUCCUCACACAAGCGCUCGACGACUUGAAUUCUUCCUUCCCGUCAUCGUCGUCGUCGUCGUCGUCGUCGUCUUCGACCUAUGGCAACAGCUUCAUGUCGAUUCAGUACCUGCAGCAAGUCCUCCAUUCGCUCCGGUCCGUACACUCUCGGCUGACCUCCCUCGUCCACGAGCUCCGCCUCCCCGUCGGCGAGAAGUGGCUCGACGAGUACAUGGACGAGAGCGCCAGGAUCUGGGAAGCUUGUAACGUCAUCAAGUUCGGCCUCUCUCGGAUGGAGAGGUAUUGUACGACCGCGUCGAAUGUCGUCUCGUCAAUCCUCGGCUUGCAUGAUCAUCACUUGGAUCGUCGCCAGGCGCUUCGGGCUAUAGACGAAUGUAGAAGAGAGGCGUUGGUGUUGGAGGAAGAGAACAAGCACUUGAUGGAAGCAAGAGUUCAACCACUCUCUCUAUGCUUCAACGAGAACGUUUCAUUAGAAUCCAACUUCAAUGGUUUCAGUGGCUUUAGGGGCGCUCUCUUUGCGAUGAGGAAUGUGAGCUCAUUGCUCCUGAUGGUUCUCCUCGCCGGCCUCGUCUACACUUGGCCGGAGUCGAUCUUCCACCAAGGCGGGAAUGAGGGGCACGCCGUGUUCGGGUCGAAUUUCAUGAUCUCGUCGUCGAGGAUCCAGCAGAGGAUGGCCAGCGAGAUCCACCGGAUGAGCCGGCGGUCACCGCCACCGCCGAUCCUUCUCUACGAGUUCAGGAGGGCGAGGCACGGCAUGGAGGAGCUCAGGGGGGUGUUGGAGAGGGGAGAAGAGGGGGAGCAUCAUCAGCUGGGGCAGGAACAUGUGCAAGACAGGGCUGAGAAUUUGAAGGGCUUGAUUGGGUGUUUGAGGAGUGGGGUUGAGAGUGUGAUGGUACAACUUGAUGAUUUGUUUGAUGAAAUAGUUGAGGCAAGAAAGAAUCUUUUGGACUUGUGUAGCCGUAGAUAGAGAGAGAGAGAGAGAGAGAGAGAGAGAGAGAGAGAGUAUGUGUUUGCUUUCAAAAUUUCAAACAUGUGAGGCAAUCAAUUGAUUGAUAUAGAGGAAAAGGUGCAAGAGGGUAAGAUCAUUAGAUUCCCCACCCAAAAAGAGAGGGAGAGAGAGAGAAGAGGGUAGAAUGAAAGUUGUCAAAUUGGUUUGGUUCCAUUGUUUUCUGGAGGAUUUUUCUUUCUUAUUAGUACUAUUUAUGAAAUGUAAAGACAGUUCUAGGAGUCUCACAUUUGCCUUGUAAAAGAUGCAGGUGAAUCAAAUUCGGUUGUUAUUGAA